GUCCAGUCUACCGGUGAGCGUUUGGCGAUCAACACGUCGAAUAUAGUUAGAGCCAGUAGCUCUCAAUAGCUGAUAUUAAAAAGAAGAUUAACUCAGUAAAUACCUAUAGUAACUUCAUAAGCUAAAAAGAUCGGAGGUGCAAAUUCAUUAAGACAUAAAGAACAAACCGUAUAUUAGUAAUAUAGCUGUGGUUCGAAAAUAAACCAGCCAAAAUGAACAGUAUUGUAAGGGUGUUUAGUAAUUUCAAAGAAUUCUACAGUGAAAUCAACGGCGCCACAUUGACUGGGGCGAUCGACGUGAUCAUAGUAGAACAGCCAGAUGGAACCUAUAUGUGUUCUCCAUUUCACGUUCGUUUUGGUAAACUUGGAGUGCUACGAAGUCGGGAGAAGAUUGUAGACAUUGAAAUCAAUGGUGAACCGGUUGAUAUUCACAUGAAGUUAGGAGAAUCAGGCGAAGCAUUUUUCGUCGAAGAAUGCUUCGAGGAAGAUGGAGAAGUUCCGGCUCAUAUGGCAACAUCUCCCAUACCAAACAGUUCUUUCAGUGCUAAUUUCGAAAAUUCCAUUGUCAAUGUAAGUAAGGUCGAGGAAGAACCAAUGCCAAGACCUCGACGAAAUUCGAUUGAUAUUUCGCAAGACAAUGCUGAUUCAGAAAAAGGCAAAUUUGAGAAUCAAAAGUCCGAUUACAGCCAUAGAAGGCAUACCGAUAAUGCUACUGGGAGGCCAGAUUUGACACUGUCGAAAAAAGAAUUUACAACACAGAAACUACGUCAAGAAUGGGCUGAAGUGGAACAGGAGCAGAUAUUCCAAAUGGAGGGAAUUGAAAAUGUAAAUACAGAUGAGCCCGGAUGGGCGAACAGUACAACAGGAAUAGCACAAACCGAUCAAGAUACUCAUUUUAAACCGAUUGAGCCUGCGGUAGGAAUUGUUAAGCCAGAGGCACUGGAAACAACAGCAAUCGAAGAACAACAGCUUUCGAUAGCUGAUGAUAAGACCAACAGUGAUUCAAAGUCUAAGAAAAAGCGAAGGAAGAAAUCUAUUAUGAAGAAGAAAAAUGCUCAACGCAAAAAUUCUACAAGUAGUUCAGGAGGUUCGAUCCACUCCGAUCAGAACGAAGGAGUCGAUACAGAAAGUAUGACAGCUUCUCAAAUAACUGCAUCCUCGACUAGUGGAUCGCCUAAAGAACCUGAACAGGAAAUCGUUGCAGUCAAAGCAGAAACUAAAGAACUAGCUUUAGAAGCGCCUAACCGUAUCCAUGAGCUUGACAUUCAUUUUUUCAGCGACACUGAAAUAACUACUGCAACAAGUCCUCGGCAAUCACGCCCUUCAACACCGAUUCAAAGUGACACCGAAUUCGAAAUUUCACAAAGAGAAACAAUAGAAGCAAACAGCACAAUGACUGCUUCCUGGAAAUGGGGAGAACUUCCUACAAAACCAGAGGAAUCAGAAGAUCUUAACACUACACAAGGUAAGCAAGCUCAACGAAAUUCCAUGUUAAGCGGUUUGAUGAGUUUCAUGAAAUACAAUAACAAAAAAAUGCGCAAAAAUGUUCCGGAUGGGCUUUACCUCGAUGAUCUAGAUGAAUCACUUGACCCUGAAGUAGCUGCUUUGUAUUUUCCUCCAUCAUCGUCCAAAACUCAGCAAGCUCAAAAUGACGAAGAUAGGGAGAGCGGGAACGGAACUUCUUUGCCUCAAAGUCCAACAUCACUGGAAGGUAUCAAAAGUCUCGAUUCAGAUUUCGAUGAUAACAAUAAAAUCGAUAAGCUAUCACUGGAUUUCAUUGCUCUCUCGUUAUGUGGCGGAUUGGAAAAUGGAACACCAUCUAAAGAAGAAUUUGAUAAGCAUCGACUCGAGUACAUCGACGUUUGUAACAAUCCCGCACUGUUCACAUCGCCUGAUUUGGUUGUUCGAAUUAACGACAAAUUUUAUCCAUGGUCUUCAGCAUGUUUACAAGUUAUGACAAUGUUAGCAUUCCAGAAGACGUUGCCAACGAAUGAUGCACAGAAUAAAAGUUCACCAACGCAAAAUUCAAUAGAUGAUUCGAGAAACACUGAAGCCCAAUUGAACAAACAACAAAAAGAACAACCUACUCAAGAAUCGGCACGUGGGGUUCGCUGGUGGUCCUGGCGUCGUUCGAACGACAAAUCCACUAUGAAAACGGAGGACGACACAGAACCGGAUGACUCAAAGAAAGCUGCCGUAGCUACUCAAACGUCACGUUCGAAUACUCCUGACGAUUCUUUUGCUCAUUCAACCGAAAACACUGAAAAACAGAAGGAAGAUGGGUAUAACGGGUCAUUAAGCUCAGAUGAUUCCCAGCUGCUUCCAUGUGACCAUAGCUAUACCAAUGAAAGUGGGCUCAAUAAGUCCAAUAGUAUGGUUGAAAAGUAUCGCAAGACGCUUCGCCUAUCAACUGAACAAAUUGAGAGCCUCAAUCUGAACAACGGACUCAAUGAAAUUGUGUUCAGCGUAACUACAGCUUAUCAGGGCACCAGUCGUUGCAAAUGCUACUUGUUCAAGUGGAAAUAUAACGACAAAGUUGUUAUUUCCGAUAUCGAUGGGACUAUUACAAAAUCGGAUGUACUUGGUCAUAUUUUACCAAUGGUUGGUAAGACUUGGGAGCAGAUCGGUGUGGCUCAAUUGUUCUCGAAAAUUGAAGAAAAUGGGUACAAGUUACUUUAUCUUUCGGCACGUGCCAUUGGUCAGGCAAAGACUACUCGAGAUUAUCUACAAUCGAUACGUCAAGGUGAUGUUAAACUGCCAGAAGGUCCAUUAUUAUUAAAUCCCACCUCUUUAAUGUCGGCUUUCCAUCGCGAAGUUAUCGAGAAAAAACCUGAGCAAUUUAAAAUUGCUUGUCUUAGUGACAUCCAGGCAUUGUUCCCGGACAAGAAUCCAUUUUAUGCCGGUUAUGGAAACCGUAUCAAUGAUGUUUGGGCGUAUCGCGCUGUUGGUAUCCCGAUUUCCCGCAUUUUCACCAUAAACACAAAAGGCGAGCUGAAGCAUGAGUUAACCCAAACAUUCCAAUCUACCUAUGCCAACAUGGCGUACAUAGUGGACCAAUUAUUUCCACCCAUCAAACACCUCGAAGAGGAAGACAUCGAGUUUACUAGUUUCAACUAUUGGCGAGAUCCAGUGCCGGAUAUUGAUAUAAAUCUCGAUUCAUCCAACAGCUCUCAGCCGGGUAGCGGAAGCAGUACCCCUGUAAGUGGUACAAUAGUUGUGCAACCUACUGGUAAGGUCAGCCCGACCAAUACCCAACAAGUGCCGCAGCCGUUGCCAACAAUUCCCGAGAAUUAAACUUCCUUAUCGAAGGUUCAUGGAAAAAAAACUACUAUAGCUUCUCGCUUUCUAAGCUUGAAUUUACAUCAGUACGUAUGUAGAAAUUUUCAUGAAAAAUAACUACUUAGACAGUGCUCAGCGAAAAAAAAACAUUAAAUAUGAAAUGCUUUGUAUCAUAAAAAUGUCAGUUAUGUGUUGAGCAGUUCUUUGUCCGAGCUCUUUAUUUAAAGGCAAAUAAGUGAACUAUUGACAAAUAGAUUUUGUUCCAUUAGUUAGAGUGUUGGUCGUUGAAAUCGAUUUAAAUGGGUUUAUUUCUAAAUUUUGAAAAAAAAAAAAUUGCAAGAGAAACUUGAUAUAUCGAGAAGAAAAAAAGGUAAUCUGGAAACGAUGUCCAGUGGAUAGAAGAAAAAGCUAUGAGCAUGUGAUAAUAAUUGUUUCUAUUUUAAGUUUAGUUCUUCAUAUACUUUAGUAGCAAAAUACUGUAAGACAAAAGUUGCAUUAUUUACCGUCUGAUUUGAAAAAGUGAAUUGAGAAUAGUUGAAUCCCUCCAGGCAGGUGGUCUAGAUUUCUUUUUUUGUUACAUUAGAAAGUCAGCUUUUUCACAUGCUUUCUAAGGCUGUAUUGUUUGAAUAAAAGUUCAAUAGAUAAGAUGCAGAUCUCAUAUUGAUUUUAUACCGCGGUUUAAAAAAAACGUUAGACCACUUUGCUUACGGACGAUUCAAUCGAUCUCUUCAUGUGUGCUUUUGUUAUGUUCAUAUGUUGCAGUAUGAACAGGCAGAAUUAUAUAUUGGAACACGCAACGCAAAAUAUGAGGUGCAACGUUCUAAAUGAUUAAGACACAGUACUGAUAAUAAAUAUGGCAUCGCUUAAGGCGAGAUCGUUGAAUAAACGCUAAAUUGAUGUGCUUCAAAA